GGCCCGGCCGGGAGAGGCGCGCUGAGGGACCCGGCGGCCGCCCCCCAUCGCCGCCUGCAGGCCGGCCCCGCGGCGGAGGAAAGAUGUCUUUCUUCAACUUUCGGAAGAUCUUCAAGCUGGGCGGCGAGAAGAAGAAAAAGCAGUACGAGCACGUCAAGAGGGACCUGAACCCGGAGGAGUUCUGGGAGAUCAUAGGAGAACUGGGCGAUGGGGCUUUCGGCAAAGUGUUCAAGGCUCAGAACAAAGAAACAAAAGUGCUGGCUGCUGCAAAGGUGAUUGAUACAAAAUCAGAAGAAGAACUUGAAGAUUAUAUGGUAGAGAUUGAUAUUUUGGCAUCCUGUGAUCAUCCUAACAUUGUUAAGCUCCUAGAUGCCUUCUACUAUGAAAACAAUCUGUGGAUCCUGAUCGAAUUUUGUGCAGGUGGAGCAGUAGAUGCAGUAAUGUUGGAGCUUGAAAGGCCAUUAACAGAGCCGCAGAUCAAAGUGGUGUGCAGGCAGACACUGGAAGCACUGAACUACUUGCAUGAAAAUAAGAUCAUCCACAGAGAUCUAAAAGCUGGCAAUAUUCUUUUCACAUUGGAUGGAGACAUUAAACUAGCGGAUUUCGGAGUAUCAGCUAAAAACACAAGAACCAUACAAAGAAGAGAUUCUUUUAUUGGUACGCCGUAUUGGAUGGCUCCAGAAGUAGUAAUGUGUGAGACAUCUAAAGACAGGCCUUACGAUUACAAGGCUGACAUUUGGUCUCUUGGCAUUACUUUAAUUGAAAUGGCUCAAAUAGAGCCACCUCACCAUGAAUUGAAUCCAAUGCGAGUGCUCCUGAAAAUAGCAAAGUCUGAUCCACCUACAUUAGCACAGCCUUCAAAAUGGUCAUCGGAUUUUAAAGACUUUCUGAAGAAAUGUUUGGAAAAGAAUGUAGAUUUGAGGUGGAGUGCAACCCAACUCCUACAGCACCCAUUUGUUACUGUUACUUCCAAUAAGCCAAUAAGAGAAUUGAUUGCAGAAGCUAAGGCAGAAGUUACGGAAGAAGUGGAAGAUGGUAAAGAUGAGGAUGAAGAAGAGGAAACAGACAAUUCUCUGCAGUUACCUGCAGACAAGCGUGCAUCUUCUGACCUUAGUAUUGCCAGCUCUGAAGAGGAUAAGCUCUCACAGAAUGCCUCUGUUCUGGAAUCACUUUCUGAAAAAACAGAAAGUAAUGCAAUUGAGGAGAAAAGCAACACUGUAUUUCCAGAUGGUAAAACAAUUGAAGAUGACUCUCAGGACAUUCAAAUUAGGAAAACAGCUGAAAGCAUACCUGAUGUUGUUGCUGGUGAUAUCAAAGUGCAGAAUGGUUCUGUGCCAACUGGUGAAGUUGAGGAAGGCAAAAUAUUGCCAGCUGAAAAGAAUACAGAAAGUCUGGAAGGAACAGCUGAAGAUACAGAACCUCAGAAAGGAACUAAAGAACUUAAUGCAGUAACAAUAUCAGAAAUAAAGGAUGAACACAACUUAAAAAUGGAGGAAGAAAAUGACAUAGGAAAUGAACAAAGUGAGGAAAAUGAACUGAAAGUAGUUCCUUCAGUUGAUGACAGCGCAGAAACUGGAGAAGCCUUUUCUGAGGAAACCGGUGAAAAAGAAGAGGAAAUCAGAAUAGAUCUCUCAGAGAGUGAAAAUGAAAAGGUCACUGCAGAAAAUAUCAUAGAGCAAAAGCAAGAUGAAGAUAAAGCUCAGGAAGAGGCAAUAACAGAUGUCACUACAGACUCGGUACCUAGUGCUGACGAUAAAGUGUCAGAUGAAGAAAAGGAACUCGUAAAGCAUGGAAUUGAAAACAUUAAGGAGAUAGGUGGUAUUGCUGAAACACAGAUCAGCGAUGGGGAUAAAAUACCUGAGACGUCGGAUAAGCCAGUGGAAAGUCAGGCUAAGCAGGUCCUUGAGAUAAUCAGCUCUGAAAAAACUCUAUCAGAAAGCCAAGAUAAAGAGAUCAAAGAGGAGAAGAAGCUGGCAGAAAGUGAAAAUGAGAAUAUCUGUAAAAUAAGUAGCAUGGAGGAAAUGGAGAGCAAAGACUCUGGAGAAGAUGAUGUAGGCCAGAAGGCAAUACAGGACAAGCCUGAGGAUAUUUCUAAUAAAAUGGUGGAUGAACAGACUGAGAUGGACCAGAAUCUGGAAGACCACAGAGCUGAGAAUAUCCAGGAAAACAAUAUCCGAAUGGACAAAGAGCAACCAGAAGUUUCUUCUGAUAAAAUAAUGAAGAAUAAGCUUCAAGACACUACCAGCAAACAAGCUGAUGACUCUGAACUCACUCCAGUUCCCAGUAUUAGUAUUAGCACUGAAGAAAAUAAUGAAAAGGUCAAAAUGGAUAAUCAAGACAGUACUGAAACGUUACAGCAGCUAGAAUCUGAGAACCUGAAGGAAAAUGAUGCAGAUUCAGGCACGGGUUCUACUGCUGAUAACAGCAGCAUUGAUUUGAACUUGUCAAUUUCUAGUUUCCUCAGUAAAAACAAGGAGACAGGAUCAAUUUCUUUACAGGAAACCAGGAGACAGAAGAAAACUUUAAAGAAAACUCGGAAGUUUGUUGUUGAUGGAGUAGAAGUGAGUGUAACAACAUCAAAAAUAGUUACUGAAAAUGACUCCAAAAGUGAAGAAAUGAGAUUUCUGCGGCGUCAGGAGCUGAGAGAGCUGAGGCUUCUUCAGAAAGAGGAGCAGAGAGCCCAACAGCAGCUCAGCAACAAACUCCUGCAACAACGGGAACAGAUGUACAGGCGUUUUGAACAGGAAAUGACAAGUAAGAAGCGGCAGUACGACCAAGAAAUAGAGAAUCUGGAGAAGCAGCAGAAGCAGACCAUAGAGCGCUUGGAGCAGGAGCACACAAAUCGGUUACGAGAUGAAGCGAAGCGCAUCAAAGCAGAGCAGGAGAAAGAGCUCUCCAAAUUCCAGAACAUGCUGAAGAACAAGAAGAAGGAGGAGCAGGAGUUUGUACAGAAGCAGCAACAAGAACUGGAUGCAUCUCUGAAGAAAAUUAUUCAGCAGCAAAAGACAGAACUAGCCACUAUUGAACGAGAUUGCCUCAACAGCAAACAGCAGCUCAUGAGAGCUCGCGAAGCUGCCAUCUGGGAGCUGGAGGAGCGACAUCUACAAGAGAAACACCAGCUCCUCAAACAGCAACUCAAGGAUCAGUACUUCAUGCAGAGGCAUCAGCUGCUUAAGAGGCAUGAAAAGGAAACAGAACAAAUGCAGAGAUACAACCAACGCCUUAUUGAAGAGCUAAAGAACAAGCAAACUCAGGAAAGAGCCAGACUGCCUAAGAUCCAGCGAAGUGAAGCAAAGACUCGAAUGGCUAUGUUUAAGAAAAGUUUAAGAAUUAAUUCAUUAGCCUCUCCAGAUCAAGAUCGUGAAAAAAUUAAGCAGUUUGCAAUCCAAGAAGAAAAGAGACAGAAAAAUGAAAGAUUGGCACAGCAUCAGAAACAUGAAAAUCAAAUGCGGGAUCUUCAGUUGCAGUGUGAAGCAAACAUCAGAGAACUGCAUCAGCUACAGAAUGAAAAAUGCCAUCUACUGGUUGAACACGAGACUCAGAAGCUCAAAGAACUAGAUGAAGAGCACAGCCAAGAACUGAAGGAAUGGAGAGAGAAACUUAGACCAAGAAAAAAGACGCUGGAAGAAGAAUUUGCCAGAAAACUGCAGGAACAGGAAGUUUUCUUUAAAAUGACUGGAGAAUCUGAAUGCCUUAACCCUUCAACACAAAGCCGGAUUUCCAAAUUCUACCCAAUCCCCAGCCUUCACUCGACUGGGUCAUAACUCUGGGAACUGCUGCAGGUUUUUCAUAUUUGGAAUUCUUUGUUUCUUCAUCCUUGUCGUCUAACAUGAUCUAACUGCAGUGUGCAUUAAAGGACCUGGCACUUUUUGUUUUCAGUGGAGACAAUCAGUGUCAUGAUUGCUUUUUUUUUUUUUUUUAACUUCUUUGAAUGGAAGAAAGGAGAAAAGGAGUUGCUGCAUAAUGGUAAUGUGACGUCCUUCAGAUGUUUCAAGAAUAUGUGCUUUUUUUUUUAAUCUCGGUCUCAAGUAAGUUAUCUAUGGUUUUGACUUUAAGAAAGUAAGUCUAGAACAAGAAUUGUAAUAUUUCUUAUCACAAAAAAAUGUUUAUGUGGAUUUUUAAAUGGUGUAAUAUUAGUUCUGCUACUGUGUUUUUAAGUCUCAUUUCUACACAAGAGAAUUCCACAACUGAAACUGCCUGAGGGGUUUAAAAUGUUACAGUCUUGAGCAGUGUUCUCAGAGCAAGGACUGAAACUGAUUACUCAGAGCAUGCCAGUAACCAAAAAAAUGAACCCUUGUGCUUACACGAUUGGUAACAGUAAAAGCCUUUGCAACUUUUUUUAAAAAGAAACCUCUGGCAUAAAUUAAAUUGAGCUGAUCUCCAUCGUGCGUUUUGUCCAUUAGUUCCAUAAUGAAAUGGGGUGCUAGUUUAAUUAAGACAGUGCCUGAAACACUUUGGUAUGCUGAUCCUGGUGACAGGGUGGUGUUUUGUCAUUUAAAAACAAAACAAAUACUCCAUUGCAUUGCUGUUACUGUACAAAACAGAAGAUUUCUUGCUGCUACUGCCAUUUUUGUUGUAAAUCCUCACCCUAAAAUAUUUUGCACUAAAAUAUGUAAAGGUGAAAGAAAUGCUAACUUUAAAAUACAUGGUUUAUUAAUUUCCUUAUUUCCAACCUAUUACAGGUGGUUAUUUCUACAAGUGGAAAACCUGUAGAAUGUAUUUUUUAGAAAGCAAUGUGCAAAAUGCACACGGUCUCUCUAACUGUACCUGGAAACGGUAGAGCCAUCUUUCUGUUCUUACCAAAGCCUGUUUGUUUAAACUCCAUCAGAGCAUGGAGGUGGGUGGUCAUUUUUACAGGUAACCAUGGCAGUCUUGAUUUGAUUACAAGUUGGUUGUUUUGUUGUUGUUGCUUUAGUUGUUUUAUUUGAUAGAAAGAUUUAAGUUAAAUAUAUAGACAAAAUUCUCAAUGAAGCUGGUUUUUUUGUUUGUUUGUUUUUUGGUUUUUUUUUGCUUUUGUGUUGCCACAUACUAACAUAGAUGGUUUUUAUUUUUCAAGUUUAUAGAUGUACAAUAAGUUAUUUACCUGACUGAUCUGCAGUGAAAAAAGUCUGAAAUGUUUCUUAUAUAGCUGGUAGGGAAAUAAAAGUGUGUUAGGUCACUUUUACUGCACUCCUUUUGGUGGCAGUCAUAUCAAGACAGUACUGUAAGCUGUACUUUGGUAUGCCGUGUGAAAUUUGUAAAAUAGUAUUUACUUUGUUAUUUGAGGCCUAACUUCCUAUUCUCUUUGGGCAUCAACUGUAACAUUUGUUUUGCUAGCUCGCAUUAAAUGUGAGGCUGGUGAACGUGAUAUGGUGUUCAUUUCAUGGGAACAGCACUGAUGCAUGUGAAUGAACUCUUAAGUUAACAUAGGAUUUGAAUCAGAUGCGGUUGAAAACUUGGAUGCUGAAAUCUUUGGAUGCUGAAGCUAUGCUUUCUCAAUGAAGACACUUAACAUUUACAGCACAGUAUCAACAGUUGGAAAAUGCAUGUUUUAAUUUAAAUUUUGUAACUUUUUGAUAGCUUAAUUACUUUACUAGCUAGCCCUAAUUUCUGGCAUUUUAUUAUAUAAAAGUAUAUUGUGUACUGUUGUAAAUUCACAUACCAUAUCUCUAGAAUGUUAUCUAUUGCAAAAUGCAAUGUUCUUUAAGUUGUUUCUUCUGUAGGGUGAAAUAUAUCUUCUGGCCUUCACUUUCUAAGCUCCGUUGUCAUAAAUUGACUUACUAAAAUCAGCAGGUAAUCUUCAUCUCUGUAUUAAGAAUUUGUUUGCAGUUUUGUAUGCAGUAGGCUCAGUGACUUAUGUGGGGAGUAGAUGUGGCAAGCAGAUCUCCCAUUCUGGGUUCUCUCUGCCUUUAUCCACAUUAAAUUCUCAGAAAAAUGUUAAUCUUCUUACAUUGCUGGCAGUCUCAGUGAUAACUUGUUAAUGGCAUAGCAGUUACCUCUGUCUAAAUCUUUAAUUUGAAGAUCCUUUUCACACAAGCUCCUGCAAUCUGAUCUCAAGCAUAAACUGUACAAACAAGUAGCAGUUCUGUGUUGGAGGGAGGGACUGAAUGUAGUGAUUGCAGCCUUACUGAGUCCUUGGUGCAGGCUGGAGUUGUAGGGCACUGGUGAGCAACUGUAGUCUUGUGACCUGUGCUGGGAUUUGAUGUCUGGUGUGAAAAUACAUUUGUUCUGGGAUAACAGGAGCUAACAUAGAUACACACUUAGAUUGAUAAAAUUGUUGUUGCCAGUAUUGUGCAAUGUAAAAGAGGAUGUGUAUGCUAUUAUGUCAAUGUCAGAAAAUCCAGUUGAAGUGAAUUUAGUCUCACAGAGGCCUGGCAGAGCUCUUCUAAUAUAUAAAAUCCUCCAAUCUUUCUACUAUCAUAUCACAUCAUCCCUUUAAUAACCGUUAGAAGUUCAGUCUCAAAGGAAAUUGGGUGUAUUUUCCUUAGUCAGAACAACAUGCUUGCUGAGUUUUUGGCAGAUCUUGUUUUUCCUGCAAGCCCUUCAGAAGAUGAGCAAAUACUGAUUUGUGAUCAACUUUGUUUUACUAUGCUGGCUGCUCUGAAAAUAAUGCCUCUCAUUUAUUUCCAUAGAAACUACAAGAGAUACAGCUCUAUUUGAUAAAGCAAAUUCCUAAUAUAGUCACCACCAUUAGCUGUCAUUUACACCAGCAAUGACCAAGAGCCUGUAUGCCAUGCUUAUAAAAAAAAAAACAAAACUGCAUGGCUGCCCACAACAGGGCUUGUCUUCCCUGUUGCCUCUGCUGAAAUGCACCAUCUCACUGUGCUCACAUCUACUAUUCGGUUUCCAUGAAUGUCACUCAAUGCCAUUUUUUCUGUAAGGAGGAACUCAAUGACACAUCUUUGCUUCAGCCACACUUCCAUGUCAGACCCAUUCUCUCAGACUGCUUCUCUGCUGCCAUCUGUCACAUGGCAAUAAACUGUAAUGGAAUAUUGGUGGGGAGAUUUAACUUCUACUGGCAUCCCACCAACAUCCACCUCUGACAUCAUGAAGCAACAUAAUAAAAUAGGAGGCAUUACUUUGAGAGCAGCUUUGUACAUCAUAGCUGGGAAAACGAAUAAUGGCAAUAAAUAAAGUGCAUGCAGUACAAUGCAGUAUAGUGGUUGUCCUCUUGUAUUUAUAGUUGAUUUAAAAAAAAAAAAAAGUUGGCCAUCUUCUUGGCAAGCUCAUGGCCUCUGAUGGAUUUAGACUUAACAAUUUUUCUUCUUCAUCGUUAAAUUAGCUUUCUUGGGAUGAGGCCUUGUAAAUACAGGAGUUGGUAGCUAUGCCCCAAAAUCAAGCCAUGUUUCUGAGAGCACUGGCCAAACUCUGACAGCUUUGGGCUGUAGGAGCCUCUUCCAGUGCCUGAUGACCCUCUGCUGAGGAACCUUUCGCUGGUACUCAACCUGACUCUUCCCAACACAGAUUUGUGCAGUUUCCUCAUCUACUAGAGUUCAGCUGUUUGUGGCAUCCUAUAAUUCUCUGCCAAUGCAGUCCUUAGCAUUUACAAUCCUGUCAUUUUACUUCAUGAUCUGUACUUCUGGAUCUCAAGAAAAACUUCCUUGUGUUGAUGUGUUCACACAUGUUCCUGUUCCCUCACUUCUAAUAGCAGCUUCGUAUCAGAUUCAGAAUGAUGCUUGGGAAGAAUUAACCUUAAUUCCCAGACAAGCUGAGGAUGCCUGGACACAUUUCUCAGUCUUACAGAAGAUGAGAACAGGUAAAGGGAGGGAAAAAGAAGCUUAAUAGCAUUUGUCUAGUGAGGAAGGGGAUAUUGUUUGCAGACCUUUUAGUUCUCUAUCCCCUUCCUCUCACCUCAGUCCUCACCCUUUCUGCAACAUUCUGUAACUCCAGAGUCAGGGACUCUGGAGAAAGCAGAUGAGCUCUUAAUUAAAAUGUGCUUACAACCAGCUAAUGAGCAAGGGUCCACCUAUUUCCACUGUGCUGAAAGCAGAAGGAAGGUACUGAGCCCUAAAACAUUCUCAUUUCCCAACAUCUCUUCAAGUUUCCAUGCUAGGUAAAGCCUCUUUCUUAUGGAUUAUCAGCUAGGCUGAGAAUGGUGGAAAAAACAGAAACCAGAAGGAGAGAGCUGCUGAACUGUCAUACCCCCAGUCUCUGUAAGAAAGCCAAGCAGAGUACUAUUGUGUAAUAAAAUCUCAAAAUCCAGGGCAUCUCCAAGUUCACGUUGUCCCAGAAGUUUAUUGAAUGUUUUGUGUUAACAAACUAAGUCAUUUUGCCUUACAGGAAGCAACCAAAAAUCAUGAGAUAGAUGAAUAACUGGCAAAGGAUCUCUGUAUCUUUAGCUCAUGGAAAUGAACUUGCAGUAGCAGCCAUACAACAGUUUUGGUUGUUGGUUGUUUUUUUUUUUUUGUUCUUGUUUUUAAAAUUAAUUUGAUUUCAUGGCUUUCUGUAGAAUAUUGUAAUAAUUCUGCUGUAAAUACAAUAAAAACCACAGUUUGCUGAGAGGAUCUCUGUUUUCUUUUCAGAAAACUCAUGUGAUCAGUGAGUAAGAAGGACAAUUUGUAAUUUUUUUUAAGUGAGGAUAAAAAAUCCUUUAACCUUGCGUGGUUGCAUGGGUCCUGGCUGGAAUAGCUCACUGUGGGAGUAGAGACUGAACACAAACCUCAUUCUGCCUGACAGCCUGGCUUGCACAUCACAGCAGGCUGAGGAGCUCUGGCAUUGCUUGAAACACAAUCACAGCUGCUGCACUUAAACAUGAAUUUAAGUGAGGUUUUUUCUGUGGUUGUUUUUAAGACAGAUUUGAAAGGAAAUGUCUCAGCAGAGCCAGGUGAAGAGUAUGAUUCACACGGAAGGACACAAGUUUAAUGGGCCAACAUUGCAAGCUGCUCUAUACUCUGAAAACCAACCAGGUUUGUAUAGAACCUUGUUCCAAACUCGCCUGAAGACUGGAAACUGGAGAUCCCAAGAAACAAUGCAUUGGCUGCUUGGUCGCAUACUGGUGAUGAGAAUGAAGGAAAACUGCCACCACUGGCUACUCAAACCCCACAGCAUGCCUGCCCUCAGUCACAGUGACUCAGGUGCAGACUAUGCUGUAAUACUGAUAGGCAAACUUGGAGUAUAAAACACACUUUAAUUGGGAUGUUUACAUUAACAAGUUUUUCCUAAUGUUUCAAAAAUAGAAUGCAAAAAUGUUUUUUUUUAAAGUCACCAAAUCACAUUUAAGAAAAGUGCUUCAGUUCUGUCCCUGUGCAUGUCACAGCAGGCCAUGCUGCACAGCACAAGAGGCCCACACUCCCUGCAGAGUAUUUGCAUGUGCUGUGCCCUGCGUGCUGCCACAGCCUGAUCUGUAACAGGACUUUGACAAAGGACUCAGGCUUGGGAGCGAGGUUAAUACAUCUUGAGUGCCAGAGCACUGAAAAAUUGAGCUGGAAGGGAGCUACUUCCAAAAUGGGUCACUGGUGGGGUGACAACAAGUGCUGACCCCAGAGAUCUGAAAGCACUCCCAGCCCCAGCCACCAGCACCUGAUGCACCAGCCUCCCCACUACAGCCAGCACAGCGAUGUGCUCAGGAAGCUCAGUCCUGGCACUUCCUGCAGGGCUUUUGGUCUGAGUCUUACAACUCGUUUGGUAUGCAGAGGACUUUUUUUUUUUUUUGCUGGAUACGUGGCUUGUUGUUUAAAACAAGUUUUUAUGUAGCUGGAAAUAA